UUGGCCUCAGAGUACUAUGAGACUUCUGAAUCCAGGAAUAAAGAGACCACUCUUGGAUUUACUCUCUUUGUAUUGCAUGUCAAAGGCAACAGAACUGGACCAAGAAAGUUCAUAACUUUUUGCUUUUGUUUCUACUAAGAUGACAUCAUACAUGGCUAUUGAUGGCAGUGCUCUUCAGGUUCCCUUGCGUCAGAAGCCGAGGAGGAAAACUCAAGGUUUUCUCAUGAUGAGUCGGAGGAGGAUAUCGUGUAAAGAUCUGGGCCAUGCUGACUGCCAAGGGUGGCUGUAUAAGAAAAAGGAAAAGGGAAGUUUCCUAAGCAACAAAUGGAAAAAGUUCUGGGUGAUACUGAAGGGGUCGUCACUGUACUGGUAUAGCAAUCAAAUGGCAGAGAAAGCUGAUGGAUUUGUCAACUUGCCUGAUUUCACUGUGGAAAGAGCAUCUGAAUGCAAGAAAAAGCAUGCUUUUAAGAUCAGCCAUCCACAGAUCAAGACCUUCUAUUUUGCAGCUGAGAAUGUGCAGGAAAUGAACGUGUGGUUAAAUAAACUUGGAUUGGCUGUAAUCCAUCAGGAAUCCACUACAAAGGAUGAAGAAUGUUACAGUGAAAGUGAACAGGAAGAUCCUGAAAUAGCUGCGGAGACACCACCCCCUCCUCAUGCUUCCCAGACUCAGUCUUUGGCUGCACAGCAGGCAUCUUCAUCCUCACCCAGCCUGAGUGGAACAUCGUGUUCUUUCUCUUCCCUGGAAAAUACAAUGAAGACACCCAGCAGUUUUCCUUCCUCCUUAUCUAAAGAGAGACAAUCCUUGCCUGACAAAGUUAACAGUUUGUCUGCUGCUGAAGAUGAGGGACAACCGAUAACGUUUGCUGUGCAAGUUCAUUCACCUGUACCCUCAGAGGCAGGCAUCCACAAGGCCCCGGAAAACAGCUUUGUCACAUCAGAAAGUGGAUUUUUGAACUCUCUAUCUAGUGAUGAUACUUCUUCAUUGAGUAGCAAUCACGACCAUCUUACUGUCCCAGAUAAGCCUGCUGGAUCAAAGAUCACGGACAAAGAAGAGACAAAAGUGUCGGAAGAUGAUGAAAUGGAGAAGCUGUACAAAUCAUUAGAGCAAGCUAGUCUAUCUCCUCUUGGGGACCGACGACCUUCGACUAAAAAGGAGUUGAGAAAAUCCUUUGUUAAGCGGUGUAAAAAUCCAUCUAUAAACGAGAAACUCCACAAAAUCCGAACACUGAAUAGCACAUUAAAGUGUAAAGAACAUGAUCUGGCCAUGAUUAAUCAGUUACUGGAUGAUCCGAAGCUGACAGCCAGGAAAUACAGAGAGUGGAAAGUCAUGAACACCCUGCUGAUCCAGGACAUCUAUCAGCAGCAGCGGGCUUCGCCUGCCCCUGAUGACACUGAUGACACCCCCCAGGAACUCAAGAAAUCACCUUCUUCUCCCUCUGUUGAAAAUUCCAUUUGACACAAAGUCAGGGUUUUCUCCUCUUAUAUUUUAUCACAAGCAACUCUUCAAGAUGUUGCAAAAGCUUACGUUUUUUCUUAAAAGGAAAACUGAAACCCAGUCCUUCAAGCAUCAGCUUCCCAUCUAAAGAUGCAGGUUAGGUGAAGACAAUCACCGAAUACACCAGGGCUCCUCAUUUCAGUCAUAAUGCAUCCAUUGAGAUUGGAAUGAUUGAGUUCAGUUGAAAGGCGUUUUUUGUGUUCCUACUGGGAGCUCACGGUGAUGUGGGGCUCUAGGGGGGAUGUGAGAAAUGUCUCUUCUGUUCCUUGCUCUCCAGAGAAUGCUAUGGACAAAAAUCAAAUUUUACCAGGAGUAAUUGUCCAUGGAAACGUUCUGUUUUUCAAAAGAAGAAUGUACAUAUUCCACUUGGCUGGGAAGCUGUGUGGCCCAAAUCACUGUUUGAGUGGAGGAAUGUUUUCUAGAGCAGUGACUAGAAGGACAAACGUGGUGUUGCAAAACAAAAAUUCCUUGCCUUUGGUAUGGAAUGGUGGUGCCUUUUCCACGUGUUGAGAAGUACUUCAUAGACAGUGGCACGUGGGAGAGCUGAAGGAGGAGGCGUGUUCCAUAUUCCACUCAUUCAAAGGACAGCUUGGUGUUUUCACAUUUUAUGCAGGUUAGGGGAUCUGAUUAAUGUUUCCUUUCCUUACAACAGCUAGAGAAAACAUCUCAUCACAAUUGGAGACCUCUACUCCCUUUGAGCUUUCCUACUCAAUGGUAGGAGAUAGUAAUAUGUUCAGCAAAGAAUGUCUACUGCUCUUGUUCUUGGCUGUGAUCCCUAUACAUAGUGUAAAUUUAUAUCCAGAUUUCCCAGGCUCAAUAUUGACAAGAUGACUUUGGCAUUUUAAUUGUUUUAAUAUCUUUACUCAAAAAAACAAAAAACAGAAACAAAAACCCACGGAGACAACAAAAGAGUUAAACAUGAUGGUUUUAUUUUUGUAUGUUUAUAUGUCACUUGUGUGCUAUGUGAAUAGCUAUGUUUGUUAUUUAAAUAUAUUUAUAGAAGUUCAAAUUACUAGUGUUUUAAAAGAUGAUAUACUAUUAUAUAUUGUGCUUAGUAUAUAUUUGAUGAGUCUAUACUUUUUGCUUGAGAAAAAUAGAAAUACUAUUGAUUCACUGGUGUUAUGAUGUUGCACUAUGUCUGAGGAAUGCUCAGGAAAUCUUGUGGGAAAAAAUGGGGCAUGCAUUCAUAAUUUUUCUUUUUCUUCCCCACCCCAACUCCCAUGAGCUCUUAAAUUUAGAUUUCUAUCUCUUGUAAGUCACUCUUUUAACCUGAAAAGGACUUUCAUCUUAGAUUAUCCUUUCUAUUAAAUAAACUUUACGUUUUGUGCCAUUUAUGCCUGCAAACCUUAGACCAAAGACAACACAACUAAUGUUAUCUUUUCAUUAAAGACUAAUAGAAAUUUAGAAAUCAUUGUGUUAAAGAGAGCUCAUAGAGAAACAAUAUGAAAGUCUUCCCUUACUAAUCACCAUGAAUAUUUCUCACCAUAGGAAUAACCACAACCCACCAAGUACCCAUGUUGGCCCUGCCUACCCCUAACAAAUUGUUGACACAACCUAUUUUGUUUUAUAGCUUCGAAGUGUGGCUUGACAUUCAAAUGGAAGGAACCACCUGAAUUAUAUCUGCAAACAAAAUGGAAAUAGUUGUUGAAUAGUUCCCCAAGCUUUACUAAGAAGCAUUAAUACUCUGUAAACAAACAAAAAACAACUUUAGCAUUAAGAAAUAAAAAUAAAAAACAAGAAGCAAGUUGUACUACUAGAAGCUUCUCUAAGAUAAGAGGCCAGGCCAAUCAGUUUGGCCCAGCAAACAUGUGGGUACUUCUCCACCUAGGGAAGCCACUGAAGAUGAGUUUGACCUGUGGUGACCUGAAGGAGGGAACAUUCAGAUCCUCAGAUUGCAUCCUGAUGCCCUGGUUUGGGAGAGCAGUGCUUUAACCUUUUGGCCCUGGAAAUUACUGAUUCUUUCUGUGAUUAGCAGAUACUAGAAGGGAAAUUAUUUAGGAUUGGCAAUGUAAAGAGUAUUGAAGGAACGACAAAUAACAAUAGCAGAAAUAACAGUGUGACACAAAGUGCCCUUCCACCUAUUUUUCUUUGGUUUGCAACACCAACCUGUAGACUUCCAGUUUUUCUUAAAUUGAAGAGCCCCAGACACUUUUGAGCAGGGUUUGUGAAUACCUUUGAAUGCUUUCCUUUGGCUUUUCAUGAAGACAUAUUUCCCCAACCUUUCAAUUGUAAACUCCUUUAGUACCAUUCAAACUUACAGGCAAAAAAGAUCCCUGGAUUACUUAGCCAAGGCUUAAAGUUAUUUUUCAAAGUCAAGAACAUUAGCCUAGAAGUUUUUGCUUUGCUAGUUAAAGCUUACUUUGCAGAGCUUCCCAAAGUGAAAGUGAAACUGAAUUUCACAAUUUUUCACCUGGCUUUCUGGAGCCCCAUUGCCUGCUCAUUCGUGUUUUUCCCCCUGUGAAUUCUUUUGCUUUUGACCAGGUUGUGCUAGAAAGUAGGGCUGCUUCUGUGAGUUCUCAGCCUAGGCUGUGGCCACUAAGACGUGGGUGGGGGGAUAGACAGGAGUGAGAGGGAGAAUGGGCGACACUUUCCAUGACACUCAAUGUAGGAAGACAUGGACUUCUCUCUCUUGGCCUCAAGCCACUUUUCUGGUCCAAAGAAUAUUGGGAAAACUGGAUUACUUUCAGUAUAUUUCUUGAGACCGGGUCAUCUCUGAAAUGCAUUUGGGGUAGUUUCAUGGGGUCCAAGGGCCAACUCCUAUACCCAGUCCUACAGUGUCUGUGAGCUGUGGAAUGAGAGAGAAAACCAUGGCUGCUCAGGAAGGAAGUGGAGAAUCUCUCAGCACACGUAGAUCCAAAUCUGUGGCACCUGCUAAAGAUUAGGAUUUGGAGAGGACUCCUCUUUGGGGUUGUGAAGAGGACCUUUUCCCUCUAUUGUUAGCCUGUAGAUCCAGAACGGAGCCUGAUGUGAUGCCUUCACUGGUUGAUAUAUUGCACAUAGACACGCUGAGCCCUGCAUUGCAAGGGCCUCUGUUGCUUUAAAGAAUUCUUAGUUUUGCCACAACAGCUCAAAUCUCAGAAUAGGAUCAAAGGCCUAGAAAGACUCCUAAAGUAUAGGAUUACAAACAUUCCAGGAAGCGUAAGAAAGAGAUUGUGUUUGGAGUCAGAUUUCAAUGUGAAACCCAUGCCUUAUAUUUACACAGCACUUUGUAGUUUACAAAUUGGUGUGUUUUCAGCCCCCUCCCGCUGCCCCAAGCUCUAUGUGAGAUGAUUGUGGAUUAUUACAGUGAAGUGCCUGGCCCAGAGCCCCAAGUGGUGAAGGGGGAACUUGAGUCUCAGGACUCCCAGCGGCUCUCUGCCCGUUCCCUCCUCUCUGCCCCGCACCUCGCUUCACCUAUUACCUUGUGAAGUUGCUGUUGGCACAUAGCCCACUAGGAAACCAAGAAGUUUGACUUGGAGUGUGUGUUUCAUUGCACUGGGCUCAGCAUACGGCUGGCCCUGGUGGCUGUUUGGCUAAAUUCUCCAUUUGAAACCUAAAGGGCCCUUUCUGUGCUUGAGCACAGUCUCCUCCUAAUGGUCCUGCCUCAACCUGCUGGCGGGCUGUCUAUGGAUUGGGGUUUCACCUAAUCAUACUGUUUCCUUUCUUUUCUUUCUGUACAUUAGACUACUUGGGAGGUGCUGUGUGAUCCUUGGAUGAAAAACAUAUAUUUAAAGAAAUGGAGAGUGUUUAUUUUGUUUGCUUUUUAAGGCAUGUGCUGUCAGAUGUCAGAGACCCAACUUAGUGAUUAGAGGUUGGUCCUUUGACCUUCUUCUCUUAAUUGCUUUUCAUGUAAUCAUGAUAAUUUACUCAGGUAGCACUCCAGUCACAAACAAUGUCACAGAGAUGAAACAGAUUCAAAGAAAAAAUAUUUUUAAGUCUUUUGAAAAGAAGUGCUAUUCAAAUUUAAGCCAUGUUUAAAUUCAUAGGUACAUUAUCUCUUUGUAAGAAAUACUUCUGUUUUUUUUUUUUUUUUUUUU